AUGGCUGUUAAAAAUUCAUCUCAUCAUCCAAAAUGGCAACACUGCUCUUUAUUUAACUUGGAUUUAUUCGACGAUGAUCGUAAAAUGUCUGAAAUGGCACCGAGUACAGUUAGCACAAAUUUUUCUUCUAUAUCUAAUGUUGACAUAUCUUGUUUAAAAAAGAAAUUGAUUCAAUCAGCUACAACUCCACCGCCACUGUUAGCAGCGGCUUCAUUACGUAGUAUUGAUACACAAACAUUGAAUAAUGCUUGUCAACAUACAGAUCCAUUGAAUCAUUCAUGUUCAAUAUCAUUAAAUAAUUAUAGUACAAAGCUUGAACACAUUGUCGAAACAUUGAUUACAAAUAAUGAUUAUUUUCCAGACAAUAGCGAUAUUGUAUCAAAAACUCAUUCACUCAAUAGGAAAAUAAUGCUCGGUUCAACAGCUAUAUUGGACAACUUUUUGAAAAAUAGUCUCAAAACAAAUACUAAUGUUGGAAACGGCGUAGUGAUAGAAAGUUCAACAACGCAACGACGUUGGCAUUCAGAACGCGGUGCAAGACACCCUAAUUUACGUGCUAAUCUCCCAUUAACAACAGCUCAAAGGCAAGUACUUGAACGUUAUCUAAAUUAUCCAUUACAAAAGCCUACACAUAUUCGCACACGUCAACAGCCGACAGGAAUGGCUGCUGCUUGCACAGGAACUGCUCUGCAAACCAUUACAAAUGCAUCAGGCUAUUGUGGACAAACUAACACGUCUGUUUCUAACCGUGCAACAUCUUAUUCUUCUCAUUCAUCGAUGCAUCGUCCACUCUCAUCAACAUCGUCAGCAGAUUCGCAAAAAACAUCAGCGAAUAAUCCUACAUUUGUUCAGCGUAAUCGAAAUAGUUUUAUAAAUGGCUCGAGAGCACGUGCGUUACGCGAAAUAAAAAAGAAGAAAAGUCAACAACAAAAAGAAAAUAAUCCAUUAAAACGACGAAAAAUGUCAGAUACAGAUGAUUUAAAAAUAGAGUUAUAUGGAAUAGAAACAGAUACGAGCAGUGACGAAGAUGAUGAUGAGAUUGAACAGAGUGAGAGUGACAAUGAGGAAGAUCCAGUUGAAGAAAGUGGUGAGGGUGAGAUGCAGCAAACGGAAUUUCCGACAAAUGGAACCAUUUCAUUGCUUAAUCAAAAACACAUUAAAUCCAUCACUCAAUCAUUAACGUAUCCAAUAGGUCGUGAAUUAAUGUCUGAAUGCUCGAUUUGUUACGAGAAUAAACUUUUACAAUUGCGAACGUGUUGUGAAUUUCACGUAUGCAAUUAUUGUAUGAAUGAGUAUAUCGAACAUCAAAUAAAACAAGGAGUUGUUAAAAUUCAAUGUCCAAAUAUGUUAUGUCAACAGUAUAUACAUCGCGAUGAAAUAAUCACAAGAUUGCAACCAGAGUUACGCGAGAAAUUUUUUCAUUUUCUUGCAGACGUUAAUCGUGAAAUAAAUGUUAAAACGUGCCCACGAUGUUCAAAUGUUCACGAAAUAGACCGCAAUUUAUUUCUUCAUAUGCGUAGAGCACCGACCAAAGUACAAUGUGCAGAAUGUAAUCUCAUCUGGUGCUUUCAAUGUCAUGCACCGUGGCAUGACGGUAUCACUUGCAAAGAAUUUCGUAAAGGUGAUCGUAUGUUAAAAACGUGGGCCAAAGAAGUCCAUUAUGGUCAACACAAUGCAGUAUCAUGUCCCAGGUGCAAAAUCUACAUCCAACGUACGAAGGGUGAUCAUUACAGUGAAUUUAGUGUGCUUGGUUGUAAAUAUCGAUUUUAUCCGGAUAAACCCUUUAAACGUCGUCUGAUACGUGGCUCCAUUCUAGGUGGAAAAAUAAUCGCUGCACCACUUAUUGUCUGUUUCGCAAUUGCAGCAGCAUGUGUUUGUGCUUCUGUGGCCGUGAUAGCAUUGCCACUUUAUGGUAGUUUUCUGCUUGCUAGACAGUUGAAACUUAAGCGCCGAGCAUGCCGCCGUCAAAAGACGUUCAAAGAUCCUGUUUUGAUAAGUUAUAAAGCAUUCAACGAAAUGUUUCCUCAACUGAUUCCGCGAGAACCAACAAUAGGUGCUCAAACUGCAAACACGAUUACUGGUAACCCAAGCAGUAAUUCCGUUCGAAUUACAGCACCAGUUGAAAUUUUUUCAGCCAAUGAUCAAGAAGACAGACGAAGAACAACGACAGCAGAAAUUAGUGGCGCACCCAUAGCCAAUAUUGAAGAAUGCGAGAUAGAGAUACAUCCAGAAUCUACGGCAAUGAACGGUAAAUCAGCUUGGUCACGUUACUCUGCUACCGCAGUGCGUUUCCGUCACGAAAUGCUGGGCAAAUGGUUUUGUCUGCGUGCCCCUGCUCUUUACAAACAUUUGUUUUCUGAUUCUCGCUAUUGGUAUUCUUCAUCGACUAUUUAUGCUUUGGCAAGUGGACAAUCUCGAAGUGGAGUGGCUAUAAUCAGAGUAUCUGGUUUAUAUGCAACUAAAUCAUUACUUUCAUUAACAAAAGAAACUUCACUGGAUAUAUUUAAACAAAAACAACUUUAUUUGAGAAAAUUAUAUGAUCCAUAUAACAACGAAUUAAUUGAUGAAUCGAUGGUUGUUUGGUUUAAAAAACCCAAAAGUUUUACAGGAGAAGACGUUGUAGAAUUUCAUAUUCAUGGUUCAAAAGCUGUUGCCAGUGCUAUGUACAGAAUACUCGACUCGUUUAACAAUUAUCGAUUGGCAGAGCCUGGAGAAUUUUCAAAAAGAGCGUAUAUGAAUAAUCGUAUGGAUUUAACAGAAGUGGAGGGUCUCAUUGACUUGAUUAAUGCUGAAACAGAACAACAACGAAAGCAAUCCAUUUAUCAAAUGAAAGGAUCAUUGAGCGAACUUUACAAAAAAUGGAGGACAGAUUUAGUCAAGUGUACAGCUCAUGCCGAAGCUUAUUUAGAUUUUCAUGAAGAUCAAAAUAUUGAAGACAAUGUUCUAGAUGAAGUAAAUGUUAAAUUGAAAUCACUGACUGAAAAUAUACUAACACAUCUACAAGAUAAUAGACGUGGAGAAAUUCUACGGUCCGGAUGUAAAAUUGCUAUUAUUGGUGCACCAAACGCAGGCAAGAGCUCGUUACUCAAUAUUCUAACUCAAAAACCAUCAGCUAUUGUAUCGCCUAUUGCCGGUACGACACGUGACAUUGUAGAAUCAACAAUUAAUCUGGGAGGAUAUCCUGUAGUGUUAGCGGAUACAGCUGGUUUACGUGAGACAAAUGAUGUUAUUGAAACUGAAGGUAUCUCGAGAGCAUUGGACAGGGCAAAUGAAUGCGAUAUUCUCCUCAUUGUUAUUGAUUUAACAAACAGUUUGAUGAAUAAUUUAUAUGACUAUAUGAAACAGCAUUUAUCGGAUUUAUUUUCAUUGACGAAGAAUAACGCAUCAUUUGAAUCACUAUCAAAAAUUAUCAUUGUUAAUAAAACUGAUUUAUUAACUGGAUUAAACAUUGAUAAUUCACAAACAAUAUUAAACUCUCCAGUUGUCGCUAUAUCAUGUUUAACAGGCCAUAAUGUUGAUUUAUUCCUUGAGAUAUUAACGCAAUGUGUUAAAGAAAAAUGUACCGAACCGUCGUUUUCAUGUCCACAUUUGACAAAUGAACGACAUCGUAAUGAAUUAAAAAAGACUAUUCACAAUUUAGAUAUGUAUUUUUCAAUGUUUGAGAAAGAUAUUGUUAUAGCUAUCGAACAUUUACGUUUAGCUACACGUUCAUUAGGGAAAAUCACGGGUAUUGUGACAACAGAAGAAAUUCUUGAUGUUAUAUUUCGAGAUUUUUGUAUUGGAAAAUAA